AUGGCUGGGGCAAAGAAAAACUUCAAGGCGACAAAGAAGUUCGAGACGAAGCACUUGAAGGGUGUGCUGGACCAGCGAAAGGCAUCGGCCAAGCUCAAGCAACGGCACCAGGUCAAGGAGAAGAAGCAGGCCAAGAAAUCGAGAGAUGACGAGUUUUACAAGGGGCCCGAGGAUGGCGCGGCCGCAUCCAAAGUCGUUGGAACCAAGAAGACGGCCAAUGUCAGCGAGAUGAGCGUCGACGAUUUCUUUGGCGGCGGCUUCGAGAUCCUCGACAAGCCGCAACCGGGCAAAAAGGCUUCCAAAAAGCUCGGCAAGCGGAAAAGGGACGAGCCCGCUGAGGACGAUGAUGUCCAAGAAGACGAAGCGAGCGGCUUGGAUGAAUCAUCGGCGGAAGAACAGUCAAGCGGAAGUGACGACGAAGAUCUUGAUGACGGAGACGAAGAUCUGGGCAUGAGUAAAGAGGCCAUGGAUGCGCUCGCGAAAGACGAUCCCGAAUUCUACCAGUUCUUGAAAGAGAAUGAUCCCGAAGCAUUGGAGUUCGACAAUCCCGACCUCGCUGAACUCGACGAACUCAGCGCAGAUGAGGCCGAGGAGCAACCGAAGAAGAAGCGGAAGAAGGACCAGAAGAAAUCAAAGAAGGCCGACGAGUCAGACGACGAGGUGGAAGUUGAAGGGGACAGUAAUGAGUUGACCCAAGCUAUGGUGGCCCGAUGGAAGGCAUCCAUGAAUGAGAAGCACUCUCUCCGCGCUGCCAGACAGGUCGUCUUAGCAUUCCGCUCGGCUGCUCAUCUGAACGAGGAAGACGAAGACAGCGAGAAGACGCAACGAUACAAUAUCGCAAGCCCCGAGGUAUUUCAUGACGUCCUCAUGGUUGCCCUGAAAGAUGUUCCCGAGGUUCUUCAACACCACGUUCCCGUCAAGGAAUUGCCUUCCGGCAAAGUCCAGGUGCCUACAGACUCGAAGAAAUUUAAGACUCUGUCGGUGCUUCUGAAAACGUACAUUAGCGCGAUCCUUCAUCUCUUGGACACUCUUUCAGAUGACGCUUCGCUGAAGUUGACCCUCUCAGCACUAACUCCUCUUGUCCCCUACCUCCUGAGCUUCCGUAAGCUAUUGAAAAAUCUGAUCAAGACGGUUGUCAACUUUUGGUCGCUCUCGACUAGCAGCGAGCCUACUCGAAUUACUGCCUUCUUGGUGCUGCGGAGGCUCGUAGUUGUCGGUGACAAGGGCAUCCGGGAGACGGUGCUGAAAGCCACUUAUCAAGGGUUGAUUGCCGGUGCACGUGUAACCAACGUGAAUACGAUCCAGGGCAUCAACCUGAUGAAAAACUCGGCAGCCGACCUUUGGGGGAUAGACCAGAACAUUGGUUAUACGACUGCCUUCACUUUCAUCAGGCAACUCGCGAUUCACCUGCGCAAUAGCAUCGUCCACAACCAGAAAGAGUCGUACAAGAAUGUGUACAAUUGGCAAUAUGUACACUCUUUGGACUUUUGGUCAUACGUCCUGUCUGAGCAUUGCAGUCCGCUCAAGGAAGCCGAGUCAGGGAAGGAAUCACAGCUGAAACUGUUGAUCUACCCAUUAGUGCAAGUCACACUGGGCGCUAUGCGACUCAUUCCAACGGCAACAUAUUUUCCCCUCCGAUUCCACUUGAUUCGGUCUCUACUCCGUAUAUCGAGAGCGACUGGAACUUAUAUCCCGCUAGCUUCACCCCUGCUUGAGGUUUUGACCUCAGCAGAAAUGAAGAAAUCGCCAAAACCAGCGACACUGAAACCAUUUGACUUCAGCGUCUCUUACAAGGCACCAAAAUCCUAUCUACGAACUCGCGUGUUGCAAGAUGCCGUUGGAGAUCAGGUCGUGGAGCUCUUCUCAGAGUACUUUGUUUUGUGGUCAACAAACAUUGCCUUCCCCGAAUUCGCUCUGCCCGUGGUCAUCAUGCUCAAGCGAUGGCUCAAGCAGUCGAGAAAGAGGGUUGGUGGCAACAACAAUGGCAAGCUCCGAUCCGGAUUGGUGCUCCUGGUGCAGAAGCUUGAAGCCAACGCAAAGUUCAUCGAAGGCAAGCGAGCGAAAGUCGACUUUGCACCCAAUGAUAGGGCGCAGGUAGAUGCGUUCCUGAAAGACUUUGACUGGGAGAAGACCCCUGUCGGUGCCUAUGUCGUUGCCCAGCGCAAAGCAGGUGCCGAGAAGGCGCGGAUGUUGGAAGAAGCCCGUCGCGAGGACGAGCGAAAGAGGAAAGAGGAGGAACAAGAGGCACUGGACCAGGAUGUCGCUGAAGAAGUUGAUGACGAGGAAGAUGAUGUUGAGGAGAUGGGUGAAGACGACGAGUCUUCUGAUGAGGAGUAA